AUGAUUAACCAGAAAACAUAUAUAUAUUAUGCAAAUUCUUUUCGUUUCUUUUUUUUUUUUUUAACUCAUCUUUAAUUUAUUUCUUUUACUUUAUUUAAUAUCAUCAUGACUGCAGCCAAGUAUGCCAAGACUAAAAAAUAUAUCAAGAAUGAUACCAAAAUCCCUCGACCCAUCAAUUGUUUUAUGGCUUUUCGAUUGGACAAGUACCGAGAAAUUUCUUCCAAAUCAUCUCAAUUGAAUCAUCGUGAUAUUUCCAAGAUCAUUGCUAAAUGGUGGAAAGAAGCUUCUGAGGAAGAUAAAGCUCCUUAUCGUGCCAUCGCUGCUGCAGCAAAAGUUGAACAUGCUAAACGAUACCCUAAUUACAAAUACUCUCCUACCAAAAAAUCCGAACGUCAAACUCGACCCUAUCAUCAUAAAGAAGAUCUCAUGACACGUCAACGAAAAGCAAAAGCAAAGGCACAUCUUCUGAAACCGUGGUUAGGUGACACAGAAAAUCUUAACAACACUGCAGUUGAUACUAAUGAUGAUAUGACAAUGUCACCAUCCUCAUCAUCACCAGGUUCUUCUUCAUCAUCAUCUCCUUCUACAGCUAGUAUGUCAUCUUUCUCUUCAUCCUCGGUAUCUUCCAGCCAUCAAUCACCACAAUACGAUUCUUUAUACUUUUCCUUGGACAACAUCAUCAAUAAUAAUGAUCUGUUAUCUUAUCCUCCUUUGUCAACAGAUAUGUCUUGGAUCAAUCAACAACUAAAUGACUUUGAUUUUAUCAAACAACCUGAUUCUGACUGUUCCUAUGUUGAUAAUUCUGUGGAUGCUAAUACGGAUGCUUAUCUACCUUUGUUUGAACAAGUCCCUUUACUCUCUGAUUUUUUCUUUCCUUCUUCUAAUACCAGUGUCUCUGAAUUUGUUGAUCCUCGUGAUUUAUCCUUACCUACUCUCUUUUAGAAUCAUCAUCAUCUUUUUUUUUUUAUUUAUUUAUUUUACUUUAUUUGCUAUCUUAUUUAUAGAUAGAUGGAUACCUU